GCUCUGUUUUGUUCUUCACUCUUUGUGUUAAGGGUAGUUUGUGGUUUUCUUCGUUUGGGGAAUUUCGGUUCUGUUUUUCUGUUGGGUCGCAAUUAUUAGAGGAAAAGAGAGAAAGAAACUCUUUUCGUUGAUCUUAUUCUUUCUUCUUAUUACGUUACGGCACAUCAUCUUCAUGAGAAGGACUUGAAAUAGUGUUCCAUGGUGGAUUUCUUGAGUGAGAAGAAACUACGAGCUUAGUGUUCGUAAUAUGUCAGCAAAGAAGAAAGAUCAUUUUUCCUCAGCUAUGAAGAGAACCAGUGAAUGGAUUUCUUCUCAGGAAGUCUCCAGUGAUGUCACCGUUCAUGUAGGAGAAGCUUCGUUUUCACUGCACAAGUUCCCACUCUUGUCAAAAUGUGGGUUUAUCAAAAAACUUGUGUCUGAAUCAAAAAGCGAUUCAGAUGCUACUGUUAUCAAAUUACCAGAUAUCCCUGGAGGCUCUGAAGCAUUCGAGCUAACGGCUAAGUUCUGCUACGGUAUCAAUUUUGAUAUGAGCACAGAGAACAUUGCCAUGCUGCGAUGUGCAGCAGAGUAUCUAGAGAUGACAGAGGAACACUCUGUAGAAAAUCUCGUCGUAAGAGCCGAAGCUUACUUGAACGAAGUAGCUCUCAAGAGCUUAUCGAGUUCGAUCACAGUCUUGCACAAAUCAGAGGAACUGUUGCCAGUUGCUGAAAGAGUGAAACUUGUGAGCCGUUGCAUCGAUGCAAUUGCUUAUAUGACUUGUCAAGAGAGCUUAUUUUGCAGUCCUUCUUCUUCGAGUAAUAACAGUAACAAUGAGGUUGUGGUUCAGCAGCAGAGCAAGCAGCCUGUGGUUGAUUGGUGGGCUGAAGACUUAACCGUUCUUAGGAUUGAUUUGUUUCAACGUGUUCUGAUCGCAAUGAUGGCCAGAGGGUUUAAGCAGUAUGGACUUGGUCCAGUGCUUAUGCUCUAUGCUCAGAAAUCUCUUCGAGGGUUGCAGGAGAUUUUCGGGAAAGGAAUGAAGAAGAUUGAACCAAAACAAGAACACGAGAAAAGAGUGAUUCUGGAAACAAUCGUAAGCCUUCUUCCUCGAGAGAAAAACCCAAUGUCAGUUAGUUUUCUCUCGAUGCUUCUACGGGCAGCAAUAUACCUCGAAACAACGGUUGCUUGUAGGCUUGACUUGGAGAAGAGAAUGGGACUACAAUUGGCACAAGCCGUACUUGAUGAUCUCUUGAUUCCUUCUUAUUCUUUCACUGGAGAACACUCACUGUUUGAUACCGACACUGUUCAACGCAUUCUCAUGAACUAUCUUGAGUUUGAAGUCGAAGGAGUCCGGUUAAGCAACAAUGGUGUAGAUCUUGCUGGUGAUAUGGAACGUGUUGGUAAAUUGAUGGAGAAUUAUUUGGCUGAAAUUGCUUCUGAUAGAAAUGUGAGCUUGCAGAAAUUCAUCGGUUUAGCUGAACUUAUUCCUGAACAGUCUAGAGUUACUGAAGAUGGGAUGUAUCGAGCCGUCGACAUCUACUUGAAGGCGCAUCCGAAUAUGAGUGAUGUAGAGAGGAAGAAAGUAUGCAGCUUAAUGGAUUGCCAGAAACUAUCACGAGAAGCCUGCGCUCACGCAGCUCAGAACGAUCGUCUUCCCGUUCAGACCAUUGUUCAAGUCCUUUACUACGAGCAACAACGUCUACGAGGUGAAGUCACUAACGAUUCAGAUUCUCCACCACCACCACCACCUCCAGCAACUGUUCUUCCUCCUAAACUCAGCUCCUACAACGACGAACUCUCCAAGCUAAAACGCGAAAACCAGGACUUGAAACUUGAACUUCUCAAAAUGAAGAUGAAGCUUAAAGAGUUUGAGAAAGAGAGCGAGAAGAAAUCAUCAACAACCAUGAGCAGCAAUCCCAGUUCUCCAAUCUCAACUGCUUCCAUGGAUAAGCCUCCAUUGCCAAGAAAGACAUUCAUAAACUCUGUUUCAAGAAAACUCGGAAAGCUAAACCCUUUUAACAUCACACCAUACAACGCUAGAGGCAGAACCAAACCACCCAAAGAUCGGAGACACUCUAUUUCUUGAAAAAACAAAAAUCAUAUAUAAUAUAAUAUAUAAAAAUGAGUACAUGUUUAAUUUUUGUUGGGACUUUUAAGUUCUGAUUCAAGGAUAUUUUUUUUUGUUUUCUACUCUUAAACAUUUGAUUUUUUUUGUGUGUGUCUGUGUGUGUUUAUGAUGUUUGUUUGUACAUAAAGCUGGUAAUAUCUUUUUUGAAUGAAAAGUAUUUCAACU